AUGGCCGCCGAUGAACCAGGACAGCCCCCGGCGCUCACCAAUCUGAGCCUGGCCGAAAAGGCCCCCGAUUCCAAGGCCGUUGGACAGAUUGUGACGCCAUUCGACGUCUCCGGAGGAGUCGAUGAGUCGGGGAAGCUUCUACCAGUCGAUUACGACAAGCUGGUGCGCGAAUUUGGUGCCACCCCCAUCAGUAAAGAGCUCCUGGAACGAUUCGAGAGAGUCACCGGCCGCCGUCCCCACCGCUUCAUGCGCAGAGGCAUUGUCUUCAGUCAUCGCGAGCUGAACAAGAUUCUUGAUCGUUACGAGAAGGGACAGCCUUUCUAUUUGUAUACCGGUCGUGGUCCCAGUAGUGAUGCCGUGCAUUUGGGCCACACCGUGCCCUUUGAGUUCACCAAGUGGCUGCAGGAUGUUUUUGACUGCCCCUUGAAAUACAUGCACUCCGCGAAGAUCGAAAUCGAGGAUGUUCGGAGAUACACGAAAGCCAACGCCAUGGACAUUAUUGCUGUGGGAUUCGACCCCAAGAAGACCUUCAUCUUCAGCGAUUUCGACUUCAUCGGCGGCGCCUUCUACGAGAACAUGUGCCGCAUGGCCAAGAGAAUCACAAUCAACUCGGUCCGGGGUACUUUCGGCUUCAACGACAGCAACAACGUUGGAGAGUUCCACUUCUGCGCUACUCAGUCGGCUGCCGCGUUUGCUACCAGUUUCCCCCAUAUCUUCGGCACAGACAGGAAGAAGGUUUCGUCCAUUCCUUGCCUGAUUCCCUGCGCCAUUGACCAGGACCCAUACUUCAGACAAUGCCGCGAGCAUGCCGAGAAGAUGAAGUACAAGAAGCCCUCGCUCAUCCACGCCAUUUUCCUCCCGGCACUGCAAGGUCCCGGCUCGAAGAUGUCUGCCAGUGUGGAUUCCUCCGCUGUCUUCAUGGACGACACGCCCAACCGUAUUAAGAACAAGAUCAACAAGUACGCCUUCUCUGGCGGUCAGGACACCGCCGAAUUGCAGCGCCAACUGGGAGGUAACACCAAGUCCGACGUUCCUUUCCAGUACCUCACUUUCUUCCUCGAAGACGACGACGAGCUGGAGCGCAUCAAGGUGGCCUACGAGUCUGGUCAGAUGCUCACUGGCGAGAUCAAGCAGCGGUGUAUUGCCGAGAUCCAAGCGUACGUCCAGGGCUUCCAGGAGCGCAGAGCCAAGGUGACGGACGAAGUGCUGGCCGAGUUCAUGCGCGCCCGCCCGCUUGAAUGGAAUGGCAACCCCAACCCGGUUGUCGAUGAGAAGGCCAAGAAAUAG